CGACGAUCCAUUUUCAGCGCGCGAUGGGGCCAGGUGACAUGGAGCUCUCGCCGCAUACCACGGGAGCGACGCCGCCACCGACGACCGAUACCAUGGACGAUGCGACAGUGUCCAUCACGACACCCGAGACACGGCGCACGAUGCGGCGUCGCGCGACCGACGCCGCCAUCCAAGACGAUGCGACGAUGGCGGUCUUGGCUCGGACGGCCGGAACUGUCUUUCAAAAGCACUAUGGCGGCGAUGUCUUUGGAACGCGCACCGAGUCGAUCGACGGCCUCGUGUACCUUUCGCGCAUCCGCCUCAGCGACAAGCCCAAGAAGAGCCUUGUACACACCAAGAUGGCAGUCGUGCGCGCCGUGAGCCUCCGCGCGCAUGUCGACACCAACGUCGUCGACGACGCCGCCUUCCGCACCAAGAAGCGACAGUGCGCCAUUACGUUCGAGAAGAUGGUGUACGCGCGCCUACGCGACGACAAUAGCGGCAUCAAGGCUCUUUUGGACAACGGCAUUGUGCCUGCGCUCUUGGCGCUCACCGAAGUGCCCGACAUUCAGACCCAGCUGCACUGCGCCCGCGCCUUUUACGGCCUUGCGCGAGUGCCCAGCACACGGCGUCUCAUGGUGCUUAAUGGCGUCAUUGGCACGGUCGCGCAGCUCGUGCGUCACGAUUUCAAGAAUGCGCCGCUGCAGCUCCGCUUGAAGCAGGAUUACGCUGCGAUUCUAUGUCACUUGACCGAAGAGGUCUUCCUCGAAGAAAAGAUGCUCCAUGAAGGCGUCGACCGUGUCCUCGCCAAGCUCUAUCGCUGCCAUAGCUCCGAGACGAAGCGAAUCGUGGGCCUUGCGUACUUUAACCUGAGCCACAACACGAACCAGCUCAAGCACAACAUUGACGGCUUUAUGCAAACGCUCGCGGUCAUUUGCAAGAGCAUCAACAUCGUGCACCACACGACGUCGUCGACGCUGUACCUCAUCAAAGCGAUCUACAAUUUGACGCAAAACCCUGCAUUUCACAACAUUUUGAUGGCCGAGAGCGCGCACCGGUACCUCGCCCUGCCGAUUCUGCACUACCAAAAGCUCCACUUCCACAAACGCGACGCCCACGCCGUCGAAGUCGAAGCCAUCCAAGUCGGACUUCUUGGGCUCUUUUCAAUUUCGCUCAUCAAGUCGGGGCGCCAGCACAUCAUCCAAGACAACCUCGUCGUGUACAUCGUGUCGUGCCUCGGCUUGGUCAACUCGAGCGCGCCCGACACGGUCUGCUCGAUCUUGUACCAGCUCUCAACAGACGAGGCAUGUCGCGACGCAAUCGUCCACGAAGUCAAAGCGAUCGUCGAGGCCAUGCCCAACUGCUCGCCGUAUGGGUACUUUGCACUUUCGUGGGUCUUUCGCAACUUGUGUGCAACCAAGACCAUCUACCCGUCGCUGGUCGACGCCGGCGUGCUGCCCGUGCUCCUCGACAUGAGUCGCCACGACCACGACGAGGUCAAACUCAACGGCAUUAGCUGCGUCGUGUGCUUCUUAGAGUUUGAUUUGCACCUUCAAGCCGCGGUCGACUGCCUUGAAUUCAUCCUGCAAGACCUCAUCGGUCUCCUCAGUGCACCGCAGCCCACGAUCGUCAUUUUCGCGACCACGGCGCUCUUCAACUUAUCGUGCAACGACGCGCUGCAGCCUCUACUCUGCGCGCCCAAGGCUGGCCUCGUACCGGCUCUACAGCAGCUCGUCGUGGUGCGGCGCGCGCACACACAAGGCGAGAAGGCCGUGACGGCCGCGCUUCUGCCGCUGCUCUAUCGUCUCUCGUGCAACGCCGACAACCGCUUCCUCAUGGUCCAAGCCGACUUUUUCGGCUUCGUUGCCGCGGCGAUUCCGUCCACGAGCGCACACGUGCGCCAAGCCGCGCUCGACACGAUGCUCAACUUUUCAACCGAAGAAGACCACUUUCCGCAGGGCACGGACGACGUCAAGAGCCUGCUCAAGACACUCUAUGCAUUAAAGACCAACCACGAUGCACCGGCGCUCCGGUCGUGCGUCUCGCUGCUCUCGCAUCUCACGGCGACGCCGCCGAACCGCGAGUUGUUGCUCAAGACGGGCUGUGUCGUGUGCCUCGAACGCAUGUGCAACUCGGCCGACGACUUUAUCAUGGCCAACUGCGCGCACAUCCUCUACAGCCUCACCGAGACGGCCGACGCAGUCGACCGCGUCCUCCGCGAAGGCGCGAUUCCCAUCUUGAUUCAGCUCAGCCGCGCGUCGUCGGACCACGUCAAGCAUCUCUGCCUCAUGACGUUUACGCGCAUCUCGUCCUUCUCGGGCAUCAACGUCGAGACGAAACUCGUGGACCAGGGUGCGAUUGCCGCCGCGAUGAUCAUGGCGCUUGUCGCGUCCAAGAGCGACGCGAUCAAGACGAGCUGCGUUCAAUUGCUUUCCAACUGCCUUAGCAUCCAGUCGAAACACUGCACCAAGGUCAUGGUCGAGAACGGUGUCUUUUGGGCGCUGAGCUCGCUUGCGACGCUGCCGGAUGCGCACACGAAGCGCAUCUGCGCGAUCUGCUUUUGCAACAUUGCGAUCGCGUACCCUGUCAAGAUGGUCGAAGCCGGCGUACCGCGGUCGCUCGUGCACCUUCUCGAGGCAGGCGACACGGACACUCUCGUCGUGGCACUGCAAGCGAUCGCCAACAUUGUGCAAAACGACAAGGCGUGCGCGAUUCUCGUGAGCGAAGGGCUCGUCAAGCUGCUCCGGAGCCUUGUCGAAAACAAGCACCCGCAGGUGUGGCACGCGGCCGCGAUCGCGCUGCUUCAAAUGACGCGCGCCGAUGACAAGUGCCGCGUCGACAACGUCCGCAACGGCAUCAUUCCGUGGAUGCAGUCCGUGCUGCACGAGCAGUCGAUUGCGCUGCAGUGCCUCGUGAUGCUUGGCACCAUCUCCGCGUACGAGCCGGCGCGGAAGCUCAUGGUCGCCCCCGACCUCAUGGACCUCUUGCGCGCCGUGAGUGCGCCCGACCUGGCGCGUCAAUCUCUCUGUGUCCAGAUCGUCUACAACACAUCGUGCGAAUUGAGCCUCGCGGCCGACCUCGUUCGCGGCCACGCGCACGCCUUCUUGGCGUCCUGCCUGCCUGGUGGGUCGCCCGAGCUUCAGGGCAUGUGUGCGGGCGCCGUCCACAACUUGACGUGUGUCCAAAACGACGACGUUGUCGCGACGCUCGUCCAGAGCGGCGUUGGCAUGCUGCUGCAGACACUGUAUAUGCUCGAGACACUGGCCGCCGCGGACCGCGUCUGGUGCGUUCUCGCGAUCUGCAACCUCGCCCUCGGCAAGGUCAACACGGCGCGGCUCGUCCACGACAACGGUGGCGUCGUGCUCAUCGACUUUGUGCAAGCCUUUCGACAAGCAUCGCUGCCCCUCGGGCUCUCGGCGCACGUGGUCCAGCGCCUCGUGGCCGCCGCGAUGCGCAAAAUCGUCGCGCCGCCCGGCAACCAAACCGUGCCGUCUCCAUGCGCUGCUCGAGAUGGGGGUCUCGCCGCGCUCGUCGACCUCACGCGCGUCGGCGUCGAUGAGCACAUGCGCGUCAACUGCCUCGAGUCGCUCCACGUGCUCACGCGCAACACGGCGCACAUUGAGCGCUGCCUCCGCGACGGUCUCCUCACGUGCGUUUUGGAGGUCGCUGACUGCACGUCCCCGCGCGUUCGCGGCCUCUGCUUUACGAUACUCACCAACAUUUGCGCGAUCGAUUUUGACGCGCACCAGAGCGGCAACGUCAUUGCGUACCUCUCCCAACUCUCCGAGUGUAAGCCGGCGCAGUUGACGCCGUCGGACAACGACCGCUACGACGUUCGAGGCAUCGACGCACCGCUGCCACUGGCGCCGCUGCACACAGCGUACAUCGCUGCAACGCCCGCGGCCAAUUUGGGCGUGGAAAACACGCCGUUUCUUGUACCGUGGACCAAGUGGCACGAGAAGACGCGGCCCGAGCUGCCACCGGCGAUCCCAACGGUUGUGACGCCCGUCAACAUUGCAGUUUUUACACGGAAUCUCCCCGACUCGUUCAAGCUGCCGCACACGGAGGUGCUGCCAAAGGAGCCACUGACUCGGGACGACGGCGGCACGGACGCGGCGGGCAAGUACGUCGUCGGCUUCAAGAGCCUCAUCAAGCUCCAACUCCAGGCACACAAGAUCACGCACCAACUGGGGCGGCGCCACCAUGUCGUCGGCAAGACGCCGAUCGAGCACGAGCUCGCGGCCGACGCUGCGAUCGCCGCCGACGCCACUCGCCGCAACACCCGGCGCAGCCCCAUCGUGCCAGGCAGCUUAGCGCCAUUGGGCCCGCCCGUGCGCCUCCGACGCGCGAGCUCGGCCGCGUUUAUGAAAGCGCCGUAACACUUUCUACUGUCAUACGAUUUACUACUUGC